AUCUGUCAUAGAAUAUGGAUAGUAGUUGAGCUAAUCAGGAUAAUAAAGCUAGCCAUUCAGCACAUCAGCUUAAGAGAGACAACUCUUCAAAAAGAUCAGUUUUCAAAGUUAUUAAGAAUAAACCUCUGAAACAAAAUACCUCAGGUGUUAUCCCUGUUACCAACGGAACAGUAUACGAUAGUGCUUACGGGACUAACACAAGCGUCGAAUCAGGUAAAGAGGGAAAAACCAACAUCCAGGGUCUGUUUCAAUUAGGAAGCAUACAAAACUUGAUUUCAAGAGAAAAAUCAGUUAAAUUUAUGCAAUUUGACCCUCUUCCAAACACAAAUAUUACAGUUUCUCAAAAAUAGUAAAUGCGUAAAAGUGCAGGAGAAGAGAAAAACCAAACUUAAUAAAAUUCUGAGGCAAAAGAUUAGAAGACCAAAAAUCAACGGCCAUGCUUCUCCCACACUAAUGAGCAAUAACAAACUCGUGUUCGAUCCUGACUUUAUCACAGAGAUGUCUUUUAGGAAACUAAAGAAGUUAAAAUAAGCUGUCUGUCCAAAGAAUAGCAGAUUUUAAAGCUAGAGGGAGCAAUAGUAUCAAGAGAUCAACUGUUAAUUAUAAACUAGGUUCCAGAUUUUUAAUUGAUGAUACUUUGGAGAAGCCAACAAAGAGUCCAUCUCACUCAAAAUUACAGUCAAACAAUUUGAACCAGAAAUUCAAGCAAUCUGAUAAUAUUGCAUUGUUGAUAUCUCAACUGAAAAGAGAUCUAAAUCUCAAUGAUAGCAGUUUAAAAAACUCGAACAGAGGAUGACAAAAUAAAAGCUCAAAGAAACUUAAAAAUAUCAGAAUUGAAGCAAGAAAAUCAGGUACUAAUGAUUUGGUUCCUAAAAUCCUAAUUUCUACGAACGACGCAGUUUCCAAGUUCUUUGAUAAUGAUCCUUGCGAAGUAGUUGGAAGGAAUUCUCUUUUAAGAACUACUGGAACACAGAAUUCUGAUAUUAAAGAUAUUCUUCAGAAAAAGAAGUCAGUCGAUAUAAUUAUCAACAAUGCUGAAAAGAAUCUCAAAAAGAGAAAUUUUGAAAGUUCUUUGAAGAAUAAAAAUCCUGCACCAAAUAGUGUCAAGAAUUCAACCUCAAAAUGUCAAUUAAUCUCUGUUGUUCAAAACCAUCAAAUAGGGAUUACGAGUCGAAAUAAUUCAAAGUAUUGAGUUCUCCCAUCUGUUCCUGCUCUAAAGUCAAAUAACAGAAAAUAGCCAAUCUAGUUUUCCAGAAAAUACUUCUAUGAAGAAUAACAUUGGUGCUGAAGAGACAUAUGUCAUCAAAAAGGUCUUCGAUACCUCAAACAUCCUCACUUUUGUGCAACCGAAGAGGAGCUAUAAGAAGCCGCUUGUAAAUAUGAGAACUCCGACUCAUCUAUUCACGAAAUUUGAGAAAUAUAAGAAAGAUAAUAACUUUAGCAAGAAUGGUAAAGAAACUAAGGUUGCAAAUGAAUAUAAGACCAAGAAUAAUAAGAAUAAUAACUCUGCACCUAAGUUUGUAGUAGGUGGAACAAAGAAAAGAGUUGAAAUUAAGAUGCCAUUUUAA